AUGGUUACAGACUUGAAAAAAAGAGGAAAGUCUGUGGAUAUUGAUUCAGCUCAAACCCUACGAUUCAAGAAAUAUGCGUCGUACGUGCAAGAGCUGUUCUGUGACGGCCAUAUACAGGUCCAUGGGUCUGUCUAUAGGACGCUUCGAUCUCUCGGCUUAUCUCCCGUCUUUCCAAACAUCCGCGCGCUGAGCUGGUGGGGUUCCGAUGAAGAACUUUCUGCCCUCGUCGCAAAAGGCUCGCGAAUACUUUCCUUAGACAUCUCUCUUGAUCUCCAUUUUCCAAGGCACAUCACUGCCGUAGAGUUGCAGUCUCUUGUCGAUCGACUCCCGGUUUACGCACCUGGUACAGAGCAGCUUCAUCUCACGCAUAUACCGGGCAACCUCUCGCUAGAUGCUGCAGAACCGUGA